AUGAAGUCCCUGUCCAUCACCGCUGCCGCCGCGCAGCUUCUGCUCAGUCUGGUGCAACCCGCCGUUGCCCACCCGAGCCAGGGCCCUCCUAAGCUGGGAGCUGUCGCCUCCGAGACGGACAUUUGCAGCAAGAUUGGCACGGAUCUGCUGAAGAAGGGCGGCAAUGCGGCCGAUGCCAUGGUAGGCACCGUCCUCUGCGUUGGUACCGUUGGCAUGUACCACAGUGGCAUUGGCGGCGGUGGCUUCAUGAUUGUGAGGUCCAGCAACGGAACAUAUGAGUACAUUGACUUCCGUGAGAGUGCGCCGGCGGCUGCGUUCGAGGAUAUGUACAAGAACAACACGGCGGCGAGCAUGUACGGCGGCUUGGCAAGUGGCGUCCCCGGUGAGCUUCGUGGCAUGGAAUAUCUGCAUAAUAAAUACGGCCGCCUCCCUUGGGCCGAUGUCGUGCUGCCCUCCGUCAAGGUUGCCCGCCACGGCUUUAGGGUCAACGAGGACCUAGUCAAAUACAUGAACGCCGUCACACCGAACGGAAACUUCCUCACCGACGACCCUUCCUGGGCCAUUGACUUCGCGCCCAAUGGCUACCGGGUGAAGUUGAACGAGACCAUGACCCGGAGACGCUAUGCAGACACCCUCGAGACCAUCGCGAAGAAGGGCGUCGACGCGUUCUACACCGGCGCAAUUGCCAACGCGACAAUUGCCGCUCUCCAACGCUCCAAUGGCACAAUGACGCUCGAGGAUCUCAAGAACUACACCAUCGCCAUCAGGGAGCCCUCACAAAUCAACUACAGAGGCUACAAGCUCACCGCCUGUAACGCACCAGCGGGCGGUGGCGUCGCUCUGAGCGCUCUGAACAUUGUCAACGGUUACGAGGGCUUUGGGGACCCUGCUCAGAGGAACCUGACAGUUCACAGGCUCGACGAGGCCAUUCGCUUCGCCUACGGUCAGCGCACGAAGCUCGGCGACCCCCUCUUCGUGGACGGUCUGCCCGAGUACACCAAGCAGAUGGUCUCCGCUGAGGCGGGCGAAGAGAUCCGUUCCAAGAUUUCCGAUUUCCGUACCCAGAACGUGUCCUGGUACGACCCCGAAGGCCUCGAGUCGCUCGAGACUCCGGGGACCUCGCACGUCGCGACCGCUGACGCCACCGGUCUGGCCAUCUCCCUCACCACAACCGUCAACCUUCUCUUUGGAUCGCAGGUCAUGGUCCCCGAGACUGGUGUCGUCAUGAACAACGAGAUGAACGACUUUAGCAUCCCAGGCUCCAGCAACGCCUUCGGAUACAUCCCCAGCCCGGCCAACUACAUCCGUCCCGGCAAGAGGCCUCUGUCAUCCAUCUCUCCCGUCAUCGUGGAACACCCCGACGGAAAGCUGUACUUCGUCAUCGGCGCCGCCGGUGGAAGCCGCAUCAUCACCUCCACCAUCCAGAACCUGCACAACGUGCUCGACAGGAACCUCACGGCCGCCGAGGCUUUGGCCGAGCCACGCUUCCAUGACCAGCUGAGCCCCAACGUCAUCAACAUCGAGUACGCCUACGACAACAGCACCGUCAGCUUCCUGCAAUCGCUGGGCCACAACGUCACCAGGGUGGCUCCGGGUAGCAGCUCGGCGCAGGGUGUGCGGUUGUUGCCGAACGGCACUUUUGAGGCUGCUGGUGAGCCCAGACAGAAGAACUCUGGCGGGUUUGCCGUGUAA